CGCGGGGAAGGCAUGGCGGGGUUGGGCGCGGCGCUGGCCGCGGGGCUGCUGGUGAGGCUGGCGCUGGUGCUCUACGGGCUGCACCAGGACCGCGCCAUGCGAGUGCGCUACACCGACGUCGACUACCGGGUGUUCACGGACGCGGCGCGGCUGGUGAGCGAGGGGCGCUCGCCCUACGGGCGGGCCACCUACCGCUACACGCCGCUCCUCGCCUGGCUCCUGACGCCCAACGUGUUCCUCGCCGAGCCUUUCGGGAAGCUGCUCUUCGCGGCGGGGGACCUGGCGGCCGCCGCCGUCGCCUACCGGGCCCUGCGGCGCCGAGGGGCCGGGGCCGGGCGCGCCUGCGGGUGCUGCGCCGCUGCCUGGCUCCUCAACCCGCUGCCCGUAGCCGUGUCCAGCCGGGGCAAUGCCGAGGCGCUGGUGGCGCUGCUGGUGCUCGCCACGCUGUACUGGGUAGAGGCGGGCAGCGUGGGCAAGGCCGCGGUGUGCUACGGGCUGGCCGUGCACAUGAAAAUCUACCCCCUCACCUACGCGCUGCCCAUCGCGCUCUACCUGCGGAGCGAGGACGGGGCAGUGGAUGCGGGGGGUGACAGAAAGGCGAGGUUUACGUCUGUGGUGCACAUGUGGCAGCUGUUUGUAAAGAUGCUGAACUGCGAUGUGCUGCUUUUUGCGACGGUUGCCGGAUCAGUGCUGGCUGCCUUGACACUGGCGUUUUAUCACCUCUAUGGCUGGGAGUUUUUGGAGCAUGCCUACCUUUACCACGUGACCAGGAGGGAUAUCCGUCAUAAUUUCUCUCCCUAUUUCUACAUGUUGUACUUGACAGCAGAGAGCAAAUGGAGUUUUGCCCUGGGGCUUGCAGCUUUCCUGCCCCAGCUGCUUUUGCUCCUGGUUGUGUCCGUAGCGUUCUACAGAGACCUUGCCUUCUGUUGUUUCCUACACACUGCAAUUUUUGUGAGUUUUAACAAAGUAUGCACAUCCCAGUACUUUGUCUGGUAUCUCUGCCUUUUGCCCCUCAUAAUGCCUAGUAUUAAGAUGUCCUGGCGUCGUGGUGUGCUGCUUCUCUCGAUAUGGUUCGUUGGACAAGGCCUGUGGCUUGCUCCUGCAUACUUUCUGGAGUUCAAAGGAUAUAACACUUUUUUAUUUAUAUGGUUGGCAGGCUUGCUUUUCCUUUUUAUUAAUAGCCUCAUAAUUGUUCAGAUUAUUUCACAUUAUCAAAAAGAAGCACAAGUUACAAAAAAACUCAAACAAUGGUAAUAAAAAAACCAAAAUCCAGAAACAGCCCUUCUGUCCUUGACAAGUCAUUACAUACCACCAGCACUUUGUUUAACUAAAUGUGUGUGCCUUGUACUAAAGCACACUGUAUGUAAACAUUACUAUUUUGGGGUGGUGAAGGCACUGAUUGGCCUCAGUUGCCCUGAGCAGCCCCAGUCCUGCCCUGAGUAGUGUCUGCAGGUGUACCUGAAACAGUGUUGCAACGUUCUCUCCAGCACUGUCUCCAAGCCCUGUGUCCUGCUGCUCCUGACUGGACUCCUUGGAAGUAUCCUGGACCAGUUCAUCAUUUUACUGAGUCUGAGAUUGUGAGUGGACUCUGUUAACCCAUGUCCCCUGACAUGUUUUCACCAGCCAUCUCCAAAGACAGUGUGACUGUACCCCAGUCUGUGACAGUAUGGCCUGUGCUGGGAUCACCCUCAGUUCCUGUUCGUACUCCCUCAUGGAGCAGCCCCAGCACCCUUAUUCUUACUCUUGGUGUUACUUUGCUUGUUGAGGACUGUGGCCUCUGUCUGGAAUAAGACAAAAGAUUAUAAAGGAAUAUUGGAGUUUGACAGUUUUGUACAUUCCACUAAGUCAGUGAGGUGUUUUGCAAGGACUAAUAAUGAAUGAAUAUAAGGCAAUCACUUAAUAUGUACACUGGAAUUUAUUUUUUCUUUUGUUUUCACAGUUACAUUUUAGCUAUGCAAUGUCUGUGGCCUGUACCUGGUCUUUAUUUGGAGAAGUAGUAAAAAAGUGGUUGUUUCAUAC